ACUAGUUGAUUAUCCUGGUACUGCAUUCAUACAGGCUUUGGACAUUUAAAUUCUUUUAUUUGCUAUGUUCAUGAGGGUUUUGUACUAUGGAAUUACAGUUAAAAAAAAAAAAAACUCCAGUGUUUGUUCAUUGUAUUUUAAAAACCCUGCACCUAUUUGCAGUUCCCCUACUGUAUGUAUUUAUUAAUGAAUGAAUGGGAGCUGCUAUAUAGCUUGCCUGCAGGAUUUUUCCUAUAGUGAAUAAUCAGAUAAUGAAUGUUCUUAUAUCUUGUCUGUCUGGUUAGGGAAAGAGUGGACGUUUAGUAUAUCAUAUAGAUUAUUAUAGAUUCUUCUCAACUUAAUACAUGGCAAAAGUGUCAAGUGGGUGGGGGAUGUUGCCCAUUAACAGCUGCCCUGUAUACUACUGGUAUCUAAAUGACAUCCACUGUUUCAUUAAAACAUGUUGGAAUUCCUAUUAUUUUCAAAUCAUGUUUUACCUGCACAUCUGCCUUCAUUUACCAGUAUUUACGUGGAUGUGCAUUUUAUUGCUGCCCACUUGUUGCUUUUUAUUAACAGUUUAGGACACAAGUGCAUUCAGUUUCCAAAUGUCUUUCUAGAGAUGAGCGAGGAUUUGAUUAGUUCCACUGCACAUGAAUGGAGUGUUAAUUAUUUAGACUGACUGACAUGGUCUGACUAGAAUUGAAUGAAUUUCUAUUGUAGGGAUGAAGUAUUUUGUAAUUUCACUCAGUGGGUUUUCAGUGGUACCUGGCUGGUGGCAUGUUUGUGGUUUCAACAUUUCAUUUUAAUAAUAUCCGCAAAAGGGUUAAGCGACUCCAUUUAUUAGGGGAUUGCAUAUUUCCACUUGUAUGUAAUAAGAUACUUGUUUGGACACAGCUUGAAGCUGUGCAGGAUAAAAGACGUCCUUGGGCUGUUGAAGGAAGGUUGUAAUAUGUAGACUCGCAUAAAACAAGUGUAUAGGCUACUGCAUUACAGAGGAAGAUAAAUAAACUAGCAUUUGUGCUUCAUAACAAUCAUGUGACAUGAAAAGGAAUGGAAAUGGCAGUUCUUGGUUUAACUAGCUGACAGUACCAUUACUUGAUUAGAUGGGGUUUAUUUAGAUCUGUGCUUCCCAAACUAUGGGUCUUUUUUUCAUUGGGGUGCCCAGUGCAGUGACUGAACUGAAGGGAUCAACCUUUUUGGAAGGCUGACAGUCAGGGAGAAUGCCUAUUCAUUCUUUUACAUACCCCUGGAAGCUCAUCCUGAAGAAUUUGUCAGAUGAAAGGAUGCUAAAGAUACUACAUUAAAGAGAUCCACGGAUCCCCAUAAAUGUCAACCAAUGCAUUCCAGACAUGAAGCCAACCACUUGGCGCUGCUCUUUAUAAAUAAUUGACUUCUUUGCAAUUCAGAGGAAGCAGUGGAUGUGGUGUGAAGAUGCUGGGAUCUGAACGUGGUGUAGUGGAGGAAUGGCUCUCAGAAUACAAGGUAUUACCUGAAACUCAGCUCCCUGCUUAUGCUGCAACACUCCAUCGCAAGAAACCGCUUGUCUCUGCCCUUUAUAAAGUUAUUCAGGACCCAAACAAUGAGCUUCUUGAGCCUAUAUGCCACCAGCUAUUUGAGCUCUAUCGCAGCUCUGAGGUACGACUCAAGAGAUUUACCAUGCAGUUUCUGCCAGAGCUGAUCUGUGUCUACCUGCGUCUCACUGCCAGCCGUGAUCGACAGAGUAAUGGGUGCAUUGAAGCUCUUCUUUUAGGCAUUUACAACCUGGAAAUAGCAGACAAAGAUGGCACCAAUAAGAUUUUAUCUUUUACUAUCCCAUCAUUAUCCAAGCCUUCUAUAUAUCAUGAGCCCUCAUCUUUAGGAUCUAUGGCUUUGACUGAAGGAGCGUUGAGCCAACAUGAUCUCAUUAGGGUUGUUUAUAGUGACCUUCAUCCUCAAAGAGAAACGUUCACUGCACAAAACAGGUUUGAAGUAUUGAGCUUCCUCAUGCUUUGUUACAACUCUGCUAUUGUCUACAUGCCACCUUCUUCCUAUCAGUCCUUGUGUAGGAUGGGCUCAAGGCUGUGUGUGAGUGGCUUUACAAGGCAGCAUGAGAAGUGCUGGAAGGACCUUUGUGGCCGGGUGGUGUUGGAUCCAGAAUUUAUGGUGCAGCUUCUUACUGGAGUUUAUCAUGCUAUAUACAAUGGGGAGUGGCACCUAGGGCAGGAGGUACUGGAUGAUAUAAUUUACCGAGCCCAGCUAGAGCUUUAUUCUCAGCCCCUGUUGGUAGCAAAUGCCAUGAAAAAUUCUCUGCCAUUUGAUGCUCCGGACUCCUCCCAGCAGGGACAAAAAGUGCUGAAAGUUGAAGUGACACCAACAGUUCCUCGCAUCUCUAGAACAGCUAUCACUACAGCCUCAAUACGGCGACAUCGCUGGAGGAGAGAAGAUGGUUUUGACUUCACAUGCGACUCGAACCCAGGCUCCCCGACCAUGCGCAUCAUCAAAGACCUAGGGGCUAAUCGCGAGGGGGAUGUUCUUGUGUUCACGACCCCCGAGACCUCCUCUCCAGAUGCUGCCUCAGAGGGACCUGAAGGGACAUUAACAGGCGAAGACAUUCUCAACAUUACUGAUGCAGAUGAGGGAUUUUCAUCUGCAGUGUCUGUUAGUAGUCAGCCUUUAUCGGGCAAACAGACUUCUUCCUCUUCAAGGAGUGGAUCGAGGAAAGGAGGCAGUGUGAGAUCAGUCAAGGAGAAAGAACCUCCUACUCAAGCAAAACCUAGUGAAAGUGCUCGGGAAAGCACACCUAGAAAGCAGCACGUCCCUGUAGCAGCAGAUCCAACUCUCAAAGGGAUAGAGUUAUCUCCAAUGAAGAAGCACCUGAGCCUUCCAGCAGGCCAUGUGGUGUCCAAAGCCAAUAGCAUAAGUCUAAUCCGAACCUCUAGUACUUCAUCCAGUAAAUCAUUUGACUACGUAAAUGGCAGUAAAGCUGGGGGCAGCAGUGGGAUUGAUACCAACCUCUCUGCCUGCAACACCAACAGGUUUUCAACUAUUAGCCUACAGGAGGACAGACUAGUUCACACAAUAGAAGGUAAAGACCUCCUGUCUCCUGUUGCCCCAUUGACCAAACAGUCUCGAUCCCCGAGUUUUAAUAUGCAGUUAAUAUCACAGGUGUAAUUGUCUUCAUAUCCCCCACCCCCACCAGUGCUGCAUCGCUGUGCAUCUUUGCACGUGAACAGACUUGUCUGUCAUUUUGUUUCCUAACCACAAUAGUGACCCCCCCCAUUUAUCCCCAAAUUAAAAAUCUGUAUUAUAAAGCGAGAGCAAUACAAAUCAUUUUCCAUGCACAGCAGAUAUUUAACAAAGGCUUUUGUCAUUUUCCUUUCAACACCUGGGUUAUGUGCAAUUCAACAAGAUUUCCAUGAAGGUCCCAACUCAAAACAGAUCAGUUGUAAUAAAGCUGUAAUAGAUAGAGAUACGUAGGACCACUUCUGUUAAUGGGGCAGUUUAUCCCCUUUAAAACAUGAGUGCAAUGUGCUGAACAUACCUUUUGUCUGAUGUUUUAAUCCUGUAAAAUCUGUGGUUAUUUUUUUGAGUCAAACAGGUAGAUAACAAGAUUAAUAGAGCACAGAUAAUCCCCUGCAUAAUGGACUUCUACUUAUCUGUGCUCUGUAUCACAUGGGCCUGCAUUGUAAGGAUAAUCACUUCUCCUGUAGGACUCUACUUUUAAGUAGAUGUCACGUUCAUCGAUUGAUAAACAAUAUGGCCUUGUGGGCUGUGCUUCCUUUCAUAAAAUCCUUGGAAAGGACUUUUGAGCAUUAAAAAUAUUCAUGUACAUAUUCUGCUGGACAAUGAACACCGAGUGAGAGUGAAACAGCCGAGUGCUGUGACUGCUGCUAGGUCCUUCCACAGUGUUUUCCUUUUAACCAUUCUGCCUUUAUUUGGCUAUGCCGUUAAUAGCUUGUGAGAAGUAGCUAAAUGUAUUUGGUUUUGGAAGGUCAGUGAGUCUGCUCUAACAGGCUCUGCAGCCAGAUACAUAUUUUCAUUCAUGUCUCUUCACCAGGGCAGGGCUUAUUCUGUUGUUUGGUAUUACCCCUUAUAAGACAGCUGUUUUUGAACUUGCCUUGCCACAGCUACAGGGCUGGCAUUAUGGUACUUUAUUAUUAAAGGGGUUUCUUUUGUGGUUUUGUUGUACUGUUUUCUCUGCGCAUGGUGACCCUCGUAACUCCUAGCAUUGGCUCUUUAAUGUUUACAGGGUACCUUUCUGGAGGAUAUGGAAAGAGUGUUGCAUUCUCUUAUUUAUUUGGGCACCUAAGUCAUUUCAGUGGAUGUCCUUAUGAUCUUUGCAUAAUGCUGGCAGCUGGGCCAUGCAAUCUCUGCGUACUUUUAGGUUAUGCCUGUAGAUGCCUGUCUUAGAUGGAAAUGACUCCCUUUAUGCCGUGUAAAGGCUUUGUUUGGAAGUAAUUGUUUUUCUCAUGGAUCUGCAUGCUGUAUAAAUAUUCUGAUUGCUGAUUAGGUAUGCUGAUUGGUUAUACUGGUUGGCUAACAAGCAGCCAUUGGCUGACUUGGCUGCUAUUGGUACCCUCAUUCUAAAUGGAGAGAGAGGGAAAGGGGUAUAUUUUGGUUUCUUUAUAUUGUAUUUUUGUAGCUAGCAAUAGCAAAGGGGGACUUGCCUUUGUGCUUGACAGCUGACACUAUGGUUGCACCAGUUUUAAGGCAUUGAGGUAUCGGCACUCAUAGUGUCUUCAUUUCCAAAGUUAUUUUAUUUAAUAUUCUCCCAUCUGCUUUGACUUUGGAUUGCAAUCAGCUACCUAUAUUUACUAUAU